AUGGCUCCCACUAAGCAACCCAACUUCAUCCUCAUCGUCGCCGACGAUCUCGGCUUCUCAGACAUUGGUGCUUUUGGUGGAGAGAUCCAGACGCCAAAUCUCGACGCUCUAGCUUACGCGCCCUCUGGCAUACGCAUGACCAACUUCCACACAGCAUCGAUGUGUUCCCCUACACGCUCGAUGCUUCUUUCAGGUACUGACAAUCACAUUGCCGGCCUUGGACAGAUGGAGUACUGGGGCCGUGGGCGUGAUCCGCCAGUCCCAUGGUCCGGACGACCAGGCUACGAAGGAUACCUCAAUUUUCGCGUUGCAGCUCUGCCAGAGAUUCUCCAGGAUGCAGGAUACUAUACAUGCAUGAGCGGGAAAUGGCACCUUGGCCUGACAAAGGAGCGAACGCCAUAUGCCCGAGGGUUUGAUCGUUCCUUUGCCCUUCUACCUGGUGGCUCAAGUCACUAUGCCUACGAGCCGAAGCAUUCUGACGGCACUCCUGUGUUUGCUCAUUGGGCCAGUCUCUACUACGAGGACGAUCAGAGAGUCGAGACUAAAGACUUUCCUAAAGACUUCUACUCUUCAGACUAUUUCUCGCGAAGGCUAAUUGACUUUUUGGGCGAAAGGGAAGACAGCGCGGCUCUCAAAGAAAAGCCCUUCUUCGCGUUUCUCCCAUUUACGGCGCCACACUGGCCUCUUCAAGCGCCAGAAUCCAACAUCAAAAAGUACAAAGGAAAAUAUGACGACGGCCCAGAUGCUUUGCGGGAUAUGAGAUUGAAACGACAGAUUGAACUUGGGCUCCUUCCAGAGGAUGUCGAAGCUCAUCCAGUCAUUGCGUCAACAAAGGAGUGGAAUGCAAUGUCAGCGGAAGAAAAAGCGUGGUCGGCGAAAACAAUGGAGGUAUUUGCAGGCAUGGUCGACCGAAUGGAUGAGAAUAUUGGCAAAGUCAUUGCCAAGGUCAAGGAAAUUGGCGAGUGGGACAAUACGUUUGUCAUCUUCAUGUCCGAUAACGGAGCCGAGGGAGCAAUUGUUGAGGCAAUUCCCAUGACAGGAGACGUUAUCAAGAAGUCCAUUGACAAACAUUACAACAACGACUAUGAGAAUCUCGGUAAUCGCGACUCGUUUAUCUGGUAUGGCCCUCAGUGGGCGCAAGCUUCCACCGCGCCGUGUAGGAUGCACAAGGGCUAUGUCACGGAAGGAGGCAUUCGCUGCCCCGCCAUCAUCCAUUACCCACGAUUUGCCCAUGCGUCUAAUGGGCGCAUUACUGAUUCGUUCACCACGGUUAUGGACAUUCUUCCGACAAUUCUUGACCUGGCAGGUAUUCCACAGCCGGGAUCAGACUUUAGAGGGCGACAAGUUGUUCCGGUGAAGGGCAAAUCCUGGCUUCCGCAUUUGCUUGGCGAAGCUCCCCGCGUGCACGACGAAGACCACGUAACCGGCUGGGAGCUCUUCUUCCAUCAAGCAAUUCGCAAAGGGAAUUGGAAAGCUGUGUUUAUUCCCAAGCCCAAAGGCCCUGAAAAGUGGCAGCUGUAUGACAUGGACAACGAUAUAGGUGAAAUUCACGAUCUGGCAGAAGAGAAGCCGGAAAUCCUCAAUGAGCUCAUCAAGUAUUGGAGAGAAGAAUUGGAGGAGGGCUACGUUCUCCCCAAGGCAUAA